AUGAUAAACGCGGCAUCUUUCCACCCUUUCUUUUUCAAAGUGAAAGCAAACGUCCAAUCCUCGCCUUUAUUCGCGAAAACUCUGAUUUAUUUCUCUUUGUUUUUCGCGUUACCCUUAAACGUUCUGCUCAAACUGGACGAGAAAACGUUGUUUUGUCCGUUCGAUGUGUUCACUCGAUUUCAGUGGUACAGAACGUUUAGUUCACUUUUAUACGUGAACUCGGGUUUCAUUGGCGCCUUGUUUAACGCGUACAUCAGCUAUCGAUUCAUAUCGGAUUUCGAACGCAGUUUAGGUUCGUUUCGAUGCUUUUGGCAAAUACUGUUCACUCUGGUGUGCAUAAACUGUUGGACGUUCGUGUUUUCAGUCGUUUUCGCGCCGUUCUCAGGCGGGAAAGGACACUUACUCUCACCGUUGAACAUUUCUGGACCGGGCGUCUUAUCUGCCACGUACGCAAUGUGCGUGGGGAAUAUCGCGAGGAACAGCAGUACGAAUAGUGCAGACGCACAAACGACGAUAUUCGGGGGACUCGCUCGAGUGCCGAACAGUUGGCUGCCGUUUGUGUUUUUAUUCUUUUGGUAUGUGCUCGGGAACAACCUCGUCGAAGGCGCGAGCGCGACGUUCGUGGCGUUGAGAUAUUUGCCGAGAAUGUGUGGGCCGAAUGGUGUGCCGACUGCAGUGCAAGCGAAGAGGUUUGAAUCAACGACGAGGUUUGGACGGUACGCGUUGGAAACGCACGGAUACGUCGACAUCGACGGGUUACAACGCGGGUUUAGUUUACCAGUCGUCGUCGGUAGCGGCGGGGGUGGAUUUGACUCUAAUAAUAACAACACUAGUAGUAGAAUCAGUCAUCCAGAGCGAGCUUCAUCGUCGUUUUCAGGAACAUCGCAAAAAGUAGGAAGUAGUAGUACGAGCAACGGUAGUAAUAAUAGUAGUAGUAGUACGAAUACGAGCGGCGUGCCGGCGCCUCGCGAAAACGUCCACGUCGUGCGAAUGCGCGAAGAGCGCGAGCGCAAACAACAACAACAACAACAACAACGCGCUUCGGAGAACAAACGGUCAGAAGACGAGAAAAAGAAGGCAGAAGUAUUGAAAACAAAGCCAGAAACGAGAGAGGAGCGCGCACGCGUCGUCGCCGAGGCUCUCGAAAAGCGUCUUCUCCUCGAGAAAGAAGAAAAAGAAAAGAAUAAAGACGAAACGAACAACGCGAAAGAAGAACACAAAGAAGAGGAAGCGACGACGCCAACACCGCAACAAGAACAACAAAAGAAGAAGAAAUCAAAGCUCCGGUCGCCGUUUCGAAGCAGAGAGAAGAAGAAGUAA